AUGCCACGAAGGAAAGGCGAAUACACACUGAACAAAUCGACCUCAUAUGCGAUACUACCUGGUUUGGUAGCAAAUGACAUCUAUGCAGGUGUUGGCGUGUCGUCGGCUGGCUCGUGUCGUACAACGUUUCGUUUGAAUAUGACUGCAAAUGAUGCGGAUUUAUUGGAUUUUGCAAAUGAAGAGAACAAUAACAAGAACGAUGAUAGUCUUUACUUUGACACAUCCACAAAGAAUCUGAAUAAAUCUUUUAUGACACAAGCGCCAUCCAAGGAGCGUAAUGUAAGUCGUCAUCAUCGAGGGGCACUUCUUCGGGAGUUGUUCUACCGAAAGUCUCGUGAAAAAGAGAACACCGGCGGCUAUCGAGGUAGUCCGGCGAAGGUUCGACCACAAGAUCGUCUCACCGCAAACGGUUAUUACCGUGCACCAAGUUGUGACUCACCAUGCCGUUUACCGUAUCGCUGUCCACUCGACAAAAUGCGCAUUAAGACCCCUCUAUCGUCGCGAAAACACUCCAAACAACCACCAGUUCGAGUGCUCUCAUUUGUCAGUCUGUUGCCCGAGGCACAAACUGUUCAGUACGUAACAACUGCAAAAAAUGGUACUCAUGUGCUUAGAAAUGGUUACGUGAAGGGUUCGUUUCUGCUCUUGAACUGGAUUAAUGUAACAACCAUUGUGCAUGAAUGCUGCUUGAUUAAUCGUAUUUGUGCUUGA